AUGGAGGAAUCUCGGUUCAUUCAAGAGUUCCAUGGACGUCACUGGACAAACAGCGAUGGAAUGGACAUUCCUCGUAGAUGUUUUGUCACUGCAGUGAAAGUUGCGGAGGGUAGCGAGUGCUCAUCCGAUUGUGUCACCGAGGCCGAUUUACGACAAAUGAUAGAGCUGCGACCACCGCUGGUAAUGCCGCACGGCAAUGUGGGUACCCCUACUCAGUACUUUCUGGACCAGAUCCGUCUUUGCCGACUGCCAGUAUCUCUCAUCGCUAAGCUGGGUCUGAAGUCAACUAGACGGAGGAGGAAGUAUGACUCAGUUCCUUUCCAGUAUUCUUAUGGAAGAGAUGAUGAAGCUGACGUUCAUCUUUCUGCUAAAGAUCUGCUGAAGAGAAAAGUCACCGAACAGGAGCAGCUUGAUGAAGAUCAGUCGAUUCGUGAACAGCCCAUGCCUGCAGAUCCCACUGAUAAGGUUUUGCUCAACGAUUAUGGGCCAGACAAUGAUGUUGGAGCGGAUGACGAUGAUGAUCAGUGUGAAGAAUGGGAACGGCACGAAGCUCUCCAUGAUGACGUGACCGAGCAAGAUCGUACGAAGCCAAGGAAGUACGAAGAAGAAAUGGAGAUAGUCUGGGAGAAGGGUGGACCUGGACUGGUCUGGUAUACCGAUAAAAAUUACUGGGAUGAACGAGAAAAAGGAACGGAUUGUGACUGGGCCUGGGCGGACGACUGGGAUGUGGACUACUCAGUUUACUACGAGGGAAAGCUAGCUGCUUCUAAAGACGCACGCGAUGCCGUCGAAAUGAGGGAGGAUGAAGCGAAGAGGUCCGGAAAACUAAAUGACUCCGUCUUCACUAAGAAAAAUAAUCGUGCGCUGCGUAACGAGCGAAAGCGGCGCAAUAGCGGUUCUGACGUGAUCGACAUUGAGCAGUACUCGAAAGGAGUCGGAAGCAAAAUUCUCGGGAGAAUGGGAUGGAAGCCUGGAGCCGGCUUGGGUCGAACACAGCAAGGUAGAGUGCAUCCAGUGGCAAUCCAGCUGGAGGAGGAUGGUCAGAUUGGCUCCGAGAAAAAAGGCUUUGGCUAUCAUGGCGAAAAAAUG